ACACACACAUUAUUAAAGGGGCAAAUUCGUAAUUAUGAAUUUAGAUUGUUUCUAACUUUCCACUUCCCACAUGUCUAUCAGGACUCAGGAGCAUUCACAGAUGUUCUCUCUUCUCCAUAAUCAAACAAUCACAAUGUUCUUGUUGUGUUCUUCUCUCUUCUUCACGACAUAGUUGUCUUAUCCUUCUUCUUCACAACCAUAUUCACACAGUGGUAGAUUCUUCUUUAACCUACUUUUUCUCAUUGUAACUAUUUCAAUGGCGUCAACUGUGAAAAUGAUCGGUGUAAUAGGCGGUGGUCAGAUGGGAUCAGGAAUAGCCCAACUAACCGCCAUGCACGGCAUAGAUGUUUAUCUUGUAGAUGUAAACACUCAAGCUCUUUCAACUGCUUCAUCUUCCAUUUCUUCAUCAAUCAACCGUCUUGUUUCCAAAUCACAACUCUCACAAGAUAAAGCUUCUGAUGCUUUUAAACGACUGCGUUUUACUACUGAUUUAAAUGAUCUUUCUCUUGCUGAUUUUAUUAUUGAAGCUAUUGUUGAAUCUGAAGAUGUUAAGAAAUCUUUGUUUCUUCAAUUAGAUAAGAUUGCUAAGUCUUCUGCUAUAUUGGCUUCUAAUACUAGUUCUAUUUCCAUUACUCGUUUAGCAUCUUCUACCUCAAGGCCAAAACAGGUGAUAGGAAUGCAUUUUAUGAAUCCUCCCCCUGUGAUGAAAUUGAUUGAGAUUGUGCGAGGUGCCGACACUUCUGAUGGAACAUUUGCUGCCACAAAAGAACUAUCACAGAGGCUUGGCAAGACAGUAAUAACUUCCCAAGAUUAUUCAGGCUUCAUAGUGAACAGAAUCCUUAUGCCUAUGAUAAAUGAAGCAUUUUAUACUCUUUACACCAAUGUUGCAACCAAAGAAGAUAUCGAUACGGGAAUGAAGUUGGGUACUAAUCAUCCAAUGGGACCUUUAGAGCUUGCAGACUUUAUUGGGUUGGAUGUAUGUGUGUCUAUAAUGAAAGUUCUUCAUGCUGGCCUUGGGGACAAUAAAUAUGCACCUUGCCCUCUACUUGUGCAGUAUGUUGAUGCUGGCAGACUUGGAAGAAAACGAGGUAUUGGCGUGUAUGACUACAGUAAAGAACCGAGGUCUACAAAAUCAUCUUCUCGACUCUAAAAUAUUUGGCUUCCUUGGAAGAAUAAGUUGUCAUCACCACACUUGUACCUUGUUCCAUGUGAUAUUCCUUUUACACAUUCACUACUGACAACUUCAGGUUGCAUGUCUAGUUGAAGAUUAUUGUGAUAAGGUUAAUAAUGUACAAAGAGGGAUAUGCAUACAAAAUAAUGGAAUUGGAUUUCCGGCUGUAACUGCGUCACACAGUUACAGGUCCCAGCCGUCCGAUUUAUAUUGACGGUUGAGAUCAUUUUACUGUGUGAAUUGAUUAUGUGAUUUAGACCAUCCAAUUUUAAAUCAACCGUUGAGAUUUA